UGGGACCACCGUAUCGUUUCCUAUAAUUACAGUCCAGCGCGCCCACUUCAACGCGCAUGCGUGAGAAGCGUCUGGCGUCACAGCUAUCGCUACUUAACGCUAUCUACCAAACUUUUAUCAACUAAAAAACGUGGAUUCUAUAUAUAUAUAUAUAUAUAUUACAAUUACAUCAACAUUAAGACCCCCUGGUGACGAUUUUAUCGUAAUUGACAGUGCCGCCACCAGUGAACGAAACGAAGAAGCGCGACUUACCCGCAGACUACAAAGGCACUGUGCGCACGUUGAUUUCGGUCAUUUCGCCUGGUGAUCUCCGAUCAGGUCUCCACGGGAGGUUUAUAUUCGCCACAUUGAGCCCUGAAAGAACGUGAUCGACGACUCGUUGCACCACAAAUCGCGUUAUUAAUUACAAUUGCAACAGUGUCGCAAAAAAAAACCCGGAAGAAUCGUUGAAUCUCAACGAGUAAGACGAUGGCAGACUAUGUGAUCGGUAAUACAAAACCGGCAGAUGUACCGCUACCGGAUGACGGACUUUCGGCAGCACAAUUAUUCGCCAACGGCGACGGUCUCACCUACAACGACUUCAUCAUUUUACCGGGUUACAUUGAUUUUACCGCCGACGAGGUCGAGCUGGUGUCCCCGUUGACGAAGAGAAUCUUGCUCAAGGCACCUCUCGUCUCAUCUCCCAUGGACACAGUCACAGAAUCUGACAUGGCUAUUGCCAUGGCCCUUUGCGGCGGAAUCGGUAUUAUCCAUCACAACUGCACGCCAGAGUACCAAGCAAACGAAGUACACAAGGUGAAGAAGUAUAAACACGGAUUUAUUAGGGACCCAGUUGUUCUGUCACCCAAUCAUACACUAAGUGAUGUCUUAAAUGUUAAAGCAGAGCAUGGUUUCUGUGGUAUCCCCAUCACGGACACUGGAAAAGUUGGGGGUAAAUUGUUAGGUAUCGUCACAUCUAGAGACAUUGAUUUCCUAGAUGGCUCGCCGAAUCAACAGCAUACAAAGUUAGAAUCCAUAAUGACAAAAUUAGAUAAUCUAAUCACAGCAACUGCUGGUGUGACGCUACAGGAGGCAAAUGUAAUUCUUGAAAAAUCUAAAAAGGGCAAACUUCCCAUUGUUAAUGACAAGGGAGAGUUAGUGUCUUUAAUGGCGAGAACGGAUCUAAAGAAAAAUCGUAGCUAUCCUAGCGCUAGUAAAGAUGAUAACAAGCAGCUAUUAGUUGGUGCUGCUAUUGGAACACGUAAUGCGGAUAAGCAGAGACUCCAACUUCUUGCCACAGCCGGUGUAGAUGUUAUUGUGCUGGAUUCGUCUCAGGGCAAUUCUAGGUACCAAGUUGAUAUGAUCAAGUAUAUUAAAGCAGAAUAUCCAGAGUUGCAAGUAAUUGCAGGAAAUGUUGUAACAGCUUUGCAAGCUAAAAACCUUAUAGAAGCUGGUGCGGACGCCUUACGCGUUGGAAUGGGUAGUGGAUCUAUUUGCAUUACUCAGGAAGUCAUGGCUGUGGGAAGGCCGCAAGCGACUGCUGUGUAUAAAGUUGCAGAAUACGCGAGACGAUUUGGUGUACCUGUUAUAGCCGAUGGUGGUAUUCAGUCCAUUGGACAUAUUAUUAAGGGUCUGAGUUUGGGUGCUAGCACAGUCAUGAUGGGAUCUUUGUUGGCUGGGACCUCUGAAGCACCAGGUGAAUAUUUCUUCAGUGACGGCGUGCGUCUUAAGAAAUACAGAGGAAUGGGUUCUUUGGAAGCCAUGAAUAGGAAAGACGCGCAAGGUUCCGCGAUGGAUAGAUACUUUCAUAAUGAAAUGGACAAACUGAAAGUAGCUCAAGGUGUGAGUGGUUCAAUAGUCGACAAAGGAACUGUAUUAAAAUUCUUACCUUACCUGCAAUGUGGUAUUAAACACGGAUGCCAAGACAUUGGAGCCAGAUCUACCUCUGCCUUAAGAUCUAUGAUGUACAGUGGAGAACUAAAGUUCGAAAGAAGAACGCAUUCGGCUCAACAAGAAGGAAACGUUCACAGUCUUUUCUCGUACGAAAAAAGACUUUAUUAAUUAAUUAUAUAUUAAAUGACCGUCUCGUAAAAAAGUACCUGCAUUUAAUUGCAUAUAACUUGUCAAUUUUAACAAUUUGUGUGCCGAAUUAUACAAAGUCGUUUACAUUGCUUAAUGAGAAGCACGCUAAGCAAGAUUUUACUUCGUAAAUGAAAUGAAAGUUAUUUCUUAACGACAGACAAGUGAAAUACGUUUCACGAUUAUUGUAUGUGACGAAUUGUAUUUUAAACUUUAACUUUUAUUGUAUACAAAUUAUUUUACAUGUACUUACAAGAUUUCGUUAGAAUAUGUAUUUUAUGCAUAUGAAUGCGUAAGAAAAGAGUUGCACGCGAACUAGUUUAAACAAAAUUACGGUUUGUAAUAUUGAGUUCUAUGAAAAUUUUCAGUUAGCCAUUUCUGCGAUAUUUAAAUUUAUUGCCAGAUGUAUGUAUGUAUAUAUCCUUUAUCAGGGUAUUUUAAUCUGACUAUGAAAAACUAGUACGUUUUUGAAAUUUUAUAAAAGGAAAAAUGUUUAAGAUAUCGGUUUGAAGUUUUGUAUAAUAACUGAUACAUAUCUUAAGUUACAUUAUUUUGAUCAUUAAUGUAUACAUGUAAAUUUAGUUCCAACAAACUUUGAAGUCUCACUAUGGCCACUUCUACAGUAGCCUACUCAACAAAUACUAAGUAAAACUCUUCUAUGUACGUCAUUUUUACGAAUUUUAAAAGGAUCUUUUAGAAACAUAUAUUUUUAACAGUAAAUUGUAAGAAAAUACAAAAAUUGAAUAGAAUAUCCCUUUAACUAGAUACUAUAUAAUACAAUUUCUUAUAUAAUAAAUAGUGCUGUCAUAAGGAUCCCCAGACUUAAAUCUAUCAGGAACUUUGAAUGUCAUUAUGUUGAACUCCUUUUCCUAUUGUGGAAGCCCUGAAGAUUGUACACUUGGUCUGCUCAGGAUCAAAUCUGGUCAAUUCUUCAUAUGAAAAUUUUGAUGGAACUCCACCAGUUACAUAUGUAGCAAUAAUUGCUUUCCUAUUCUGAUCUGGACAAAAUCCUUUGUUAAUAUAUUGUUUCAAUAUUUUGAACUAACAAGUCAAGGUAAUAACCUCCAUUCUGGGUACUCUGACUUAUUUUUAUCAAUAAGUUAACUUCUGCCAUCCCUAAUUCUCCAGCUAAAGUAUAAAUGUCCUCUUUGUUAAAAUAAGCAGCUGAUAAUGAUGUCAUUUGUUUACGCCCAUCAGUAUAAGCUAUAAUCAUUACAAGGUAGAACAUUGAUCAGCUUUAACUAAUUAUGUUAAAUAACUUACGUUAUUUUAUCGUGUAUUUUAAUGUAAUUUAUCAAAAUAUAUUUUUACGAUCCUGGUUUAAA